AUGGCCGUGGCACUGCCGAUCGAAGAAGUUGCGGAGCGCUACGGUGCAUAUGCAUUAGACGCAGACGGCACCGUGCGGCAGCUGCUGUUUCGGGAAUCUGCGGAGACCCUGCGAAUCCAGGCGCAGAUAGGCUCUUCGAGAUGUACUGCGAAGGUGUGCGGAGUUGUUUUCUUUGAUGCAGCAGCCGCCACGCAGCUGCUGCACCUGGCCUUCGAUCCAUCGUUCUUGGCCAAAAGUUUGGGGACAUCUAGGUUCGAGGCAUGUUCAUAUCUGGGCAUCGACAAUGGUGCGACACCGCGAGGCUUCUCGCUGUACCUGGACCUCCUUGCCGCCAUGGGCACCGAGGUGGACUUGGACCAGUUCUGCGCUGCCGGGAAUGAAGUCGAGCCGGUCCUGCGUCGGGCAAUUUGUAGGGGGCUGCAUGGUUUUCGUUUGACUGCAGCAGUCCUGGAGACACAGGAUGCACAGUAUCGCUUUGUGCGCUCCACCCACGACUUUGUUCAGCUUCUUUCCUCGCUGCACUCCUGCUCAGAGCCAGAGGUGCAAUGCUUCAGCAGUUAUUUGGAAGAGCCUGCGCGUGUGGACACAUCCGCCUUCGUGGUGAACACCGUGCUUCACAGCGGCUGCAAUGUUGCCAUGGAAGCCAUCGUGGAAAGUUCCGCGUUGCAGGAUUGCCGAGUGGAGCAGGGAGCUGUGUGCAGCGGCCUUAAGCGGCUGCGCGGGCUGGCCAUUCCCUCCGGCAUUUGGCUGCAGCAGGUGGCGCUGCUGCCUACAUCCGGGCAGAGCCAGGCCACCUCUCGGUGCUGCUUGCUGACCUUGGGAGUUGGCGAUGAGGUGUCUAUGCGGAAUGGAACUGUGCUGAACCAGACUUGGCAGGAGCUUUUCGCAAACACAGGACUCGGUGCUGCUGAUGUUUGGCCCGAUGGCAGAGGUACGUUACACACGGCUUGCUUAUUCCCCAUCGUUCCCUUGCAGGGAACGGCUACGGAGCGUGUCUCCAAUCUGGCCUUGGUUUGGGUGGACUACAUCCUUGCCUGCAGACAGCCUGCUGCAGCCCGCCCCUCUUGUCUGGAUCUUUGGCGGCGCUCCUGGAAGGAUUUGCUGCUGCAUUCGGAGCGCUUGUCCCUUCACGAUGUGGCUUUGCGGGCUGAUGUGGCUGUGGAGUUGGAGUGGCAGGACACGAUAGCUGCAGAGGCCAAUGUGCUGCGCGUGAAACAAUUGCUGUUGGAGCAGAAGGAUGCGCCAAUCACGCACAUUCUACAGGACGAGGUACGUCGAGGAAGGCUGGGGUUGCUUGACAGUUUGGACGAGGUGGCCGCGAGCGAGGCAACGCCUCUGGAUGUGGCAGCACGCUCCCUUGCUCAGGUGGCGGAAGUCCUGGCCUCCAUUGCCGGGUCAGCAGGUGGAUUGCGUUCCGGCAGUGCUCGGAAUGUGCAGUGGCGGAAAGCCUUGCAGCUGCUUGCGAGCUUCGAGCCAAGGUUUCGCAAAGAAGCGGUGCAGCUCAUGACGCUGAUUAGAUCAAACUGGUUGCAAGACGGCCCUGUGUCUACCAUGCGGGCUGCGCGUCAUUAUGAAGCAGCGGCGCAGGUGCUGAUCCUUACUGCAGUUGCAACGUGCUCGAAGUUCGUUAGAAUUUCGCCAGCUGGGCAGAUGAAGCCUGAGGGGUGCUGGGCGGUGGUGGAAGCGCCGGCACGGAUUGAUCUUGCUGGCGGUUGGUCUGAUACGCCGCCAAUCUGCUACGAGCACGGCGGUGCUGUUGUGAACGUGGCAGUGCGUGUUGAUGGGCGUCGGCCUUUGGGAGCCAGAGCCCUGCGUAUGUCGCAGCAGCUGGAAUUGGUUCUGGAGACCUGGAGCAAGGACCUUGGUCCAGUUGAGCAGAGUCACGGUGCAGUGGUUUGCCGCAGCCUCGCCGACCUUCAAGAUUACAAUUCGCCAAGCGCUCCAGCAGCUUUGUUGAAGUGCUGCAUCCUUUGUUGCGGCAUCGUGUCCUUGGGGACGGGCACACCACUGCAGCAGCAGCUGCGAAGUGCGGGAGGCCUUCAGCCUGUGCCGGACAUCCUCUCUGGUCUUUACCGCACAUCCCUCGAAGCUCCAGAAGCUUUCAAGGCAGAGUUUGAGGCAACCACCUCCCGCGUGCUGUCGAUUCUCGAGAGUUUCCCAUUGAAGCGAGACGAGCUCGAGACGCUUCAAGGCGAAAAUGCCUUGCACUUUGCUGCCGGAUGUGGCAGCCUUGAGGUCUGUCAGGCCCUGUUGGAACGACACCCCGAUCUCAUCCACCAGGAAGACCCCCAUGGCCAUACACCACUCUUCUGGGCAGUGCGCCACGGAUUGGCUGGGGCUACGCAGCUACUCAUCAGGAAAGGCGCGGCAUCCUGGCAUUGCGACAAGCGUGGCCUUACAGCCCUGCACUGGGCCGCCGCAUUGGGUUUUGCAAGGCUAUGUGGAAUGCUGCUCGACGUUCCCGCAGCUGCAGCUCUCAAGAAUCAGCGCUGCAGCAGGGGAUGGACUCCACUGCAUUCCUCGGCAUACGGUGGUUCAGCCAAGUGCUGCACGACGCUGCUCGAUGCCAAAGCAGACGUCGGACAACGCACGCCUCAGGAGUGGACUGCGCUGCAUCUUGCCGCUGUCAAGGGGCACAUCGAGGUGCUCCAGAUUCUCCUGCCUUACUGCUCCACUGAAAUGAUUUUGGCACUGGACCGUCAUGGUUGCAGUGCCAAGGACCUUGCAGAGGAGGCUGGAGAGGAGCAGGCCGAGGCCAUGCUUCAGCAGGAGACUCAUCGGCAGCUGAUGCGCUCGUGGAACCCAUGCCCUCAAAAGCAGCCAGAGGUCAAGCUUUCGGAUUUGCUGGCGGCUGCACUGUGCAUCCAGGCUCCGGUCCUCGAAAAAGUGGGUCGUGAUGCUGUGGAACUGAGCUGCCAUAUCGUGGACCUUCAGUUCAGAGUGAGUGGCUAUGUCGUGGAGGUGAAGCAUUGUGGUGGCCCAGAUGGUGCGGCACCGGCUCGGGUCUACUAUGCCCGGACCGUGGAACAGCGCAAGGUAGAGUUCGUGGAGUUCCUGGUGCCCCGCAUGAGAUCAAGCGGACAGGCCGUUUGGCAGCGAGGGGAGAGAUACAAGUUUCGUAUACGCGGUUGCUGUGAACGGCGCUUGGCUCCAGAACCUGGAGCACCUCGACAGGUGAUUUCUGACUGGUCGAUUGCUGCAUGUGGCCUGCGGCUCGCAACCUGGAGUUCAUUGCCACAGGGAAGUGGCCUGGGCAGCUCUUCCGUUCUGGCGGCCGCGGCGGUGAAGGCCUUGAUGGCAGCCUUCGGUUUGGACAUGGAUGCGGAAUCUCUCAUCCAUGCCGUUCAGAAUGUCGAGCAGAUGCUGACCACGGGUGGAGGCUGGCAAGAUCAGGUUGGUGCGAUUCUGGGUGGUGCAAAGCUCACACGCAGCAAAGCUUCGCUGCCACUGAGAGUCUUGCCGGAGCAGCUACCACUGCAGCCAUCAUUUUCAGAAGCCUUCGAGUCGCGCCUUUUGUUGAUAUUCACUGGCCGACCACGUUUGGCAAAGCAUUUGCUACAGAAUGUAAUCCGUCGAUGGUUCAGCCGCGUACCGGAGAUCUGUGAGACCGUCAAAGGUCUGGUUGAGAACGCAUAUGACUGCGCAGAGGCCAUUCGAGGAGGCGAUGUCGAAGAGGUUGGCCGGUGUCUGUCCCGGUAUUGGGCCCAGAAACAAGUGAUGGCUGCUGGCUGCGAGCCACGGCCGGUUGGGCAGCUGCGGAAAAUCUUGGAGGCUGACCUACUAGGUUUCUCCUUAGCUGGUGCUGGGGGCGGUGGCUUCGGAACGCUUUUGAUGCGCACACCUUCGGCCAAAGAGAGGGUACAGCAGGCACUGGGCCAGUGUCCGGGCUUGGAGGAUGCCUAUGUCUGCGAAGCAACAAUUGAUCACGUGGGCAUGGAGUUGGCCUUGGAUUCUGUUUUCGAGACGACCUCGCUGCUGCCGGAUGCCGCGUUAGCAGAUGUUGUUGGCGCUCUGGGCCGCAACUUAAGGACCGCGGACACAGACGAGGGGACACUAAUCCUUCACCGCAUGGUCGACCUCUGCAAUUUCAACUUGGCGCGGCUCUUCCUGGUGUGGGACUCCAUUCUCAGCACAAUCACGGAGGUCUGCACAGCAGAGGAGAAGACGGAGCUCCGCGGUCAAGCUGCAACUACCCUAUGCUUGAUACUUGGACAGGCUCUGAGGAAAGGCGCCCUGGCUUUGGCAGACCAUCCGGAGGAAGCUCAAGAUAAACUGCUCCGCCACCUGGAGGUUCUCCUUCGGAGCCCGCAUGACGACGCAAGGGCCAGGAUAUGUGAGGGUCUCUUGAGUAUCCUCCAGACCUCUGGGCAGGAGCUCCACAAGACAGCUUGGGGCACCAUGAUCCACUUGGUUUCGACGGCCGCAUCCGUCGAGCUCGAGAGGGUGGGGGCCAGCUUUGACCUCGCCAAGGACGGGUUGAGGUCCGGUGAAGUUGGGCAGAAAGGCGGCAGCGGGACCGAAGCCAGGGACGCUGCGUCUGCUGGACUGCCCACAGUCUUCGCGCUUCUCGAGCUUUUGGUGCAUGACUUCAUGGAGUCCGUCCCUCAGGCCUCGAUCCCGCGUUUGACGACCUCCAUCGGGGCGCUGGCACGCUUUCAGGGGCUGGGGGUGAACAGUUCCUUAACAGCGGUGGGUUUUCUGUGGAACGUGGCAGAUGCUUUGGCCAGAUAUCACUGCGCCGAGGGCUCUGCCUCCUUCGAAGAACUGUGGGUGCAAAUCUUCAUGCAGCUGCGAGCACUUGCUUCAGACAGCAGGCCUGAGGUGCGGAACUGCGCGGUAAAGAGCCUGUCGACAGCACUUCUUUCCCACGGCCGCAAGGUGGGAACCGAGUGCUAUUCGCGGUGCUUGUCGGACAUCCUGAUGAAGGUCCUGGCAGAGAUACAGGAUGCCGCCCGUGAAGCUCGACAGCGGGGCACGUCGAGGACCGACAACCAGCUGAUUGUGCAUCAUUCCCGAGACACGCCGGAGAAGCAGUGGGAUGAGACAGUGUCCCUCGCCUUCGAGGGCGUCCGGCGGGUGCUGAACCACUUUUCCGAAGAAGCGGGCCCCGAAGCCUUUGCGCCGCUAGCCUACGGGAUGCUUCUGCACAUUCAGGAGACAAUGCGUGCCCUCACACCUGAGACUACGGCGUCUGCUGUGCGAGCUUUGGUGGACUUGAUGAGGAUCCCCGCCUCUUGCCAGAUGUUCCAGGUCACCGCAGCACUGAGGGACUCACAUGGUCCGACUCUUCUGACAGGUGAGACAACAACCUCGGUGUGGGCCCUGUCCUGGAAAGUCUUGUGGGGCAUGGUCAGCUUUUGCCUUUCUCGCGAAGUUCCGGAGCUGGUCGUCGAGGCGUUCACUUCUUCACUCAGCGGAUUGCGGUUCUCACAUGGCCAGAUGUUCACCACCGCUCAGCACCUGAUAUUGCUGCAGCUCUCCUGUGUCUUGGUUACCGCACCGUCUUUCUAUUUGCACUCCACCCCAUGGGAGGUCGAAGCCGAGGACACAGGUGCUAAUGGCAGUCAAGAACAGAGCAGCCAGAAGUGGCUUUCGGAGCUCUUGUGCGAGGUUCCGCUAGGCAUGGGAGAAUCUGACCGAGAAGUGUUUGAGUUUGUUGAGGCCAGUUCAUCUGCACUGUGGGCACGUGACCGGCAACAAGGUGGAAAACCUGCACACACAAAGGUGGUUGCACCGCUGACCGACGUCAUUGCUCCAAAUGCGAGUGCCGCAGACAUAUGGAGCACAGAGGAGUUGCUUCAGUCGCUAAGCGACUCCAACUCUUCAGAGGAAGUGCUCCAGACCUUCCUCGGUCCAAGUAGAACACCGACGCACCGGACAAUGCUCCACACUUGUUCGGCUCGGUUGCAGCACGUCCAAGGGACAGCCUUCAGCUUGUUAGAGGAGAUACCCUCGUUCGAGGACAGCUACCUUGAGGCAUUAUUCCUGUGCCAGCUGUGCGUUGUUUUCUUGGACCUUCGGCAUAUCUGUGUUGACUCCAACAGGCUGGCGCUUGCGGUUCGCAGCCUCUGCGUGCUUAUCCUUUUCUGCCGGAGGACUUUGCUGCAUCAACUCCUGAAGCUCUCAGGUGAGAAAGAGAUCAGCCUCCAGGCAUCAAGGCAUCUCGAGCACUUCCUUGGAGCGAUUGUUCCACGCCUCCUCGAAGUACUCACAGAUCUGGCUUGCGGUAAAGGGCGCAAAGCUGUUCGUCGGUGUGGUCUUUGGAAACUGGCACUGGAGGCGUUGUUCUACUUGGUGGAAGAUAGCCUGGCAGGUGUUGCGCGUUGUGAGCUAGAGCCUGAUGCAGCCAAAAGAUAUUGGGACGCGUUGAUUACUUGCUUCUCAAAGGUCCUUGGCGAGGCGCUCCCAGCACCGCGGCCUGAAGGCAGUGAUGCCGGUGCUCUGCUAUCGCAGGUGCUGGGGAAUCUUCUCAUGCAACGGAUUCUGCCAUGCUCAAAGACACCAGCAAGUGUGGCAGAAGAUGCCGUGCAUCUGCUUCAGGUGCUCGUCAGUCAGCAGGGCAUGGGUUCGUCGAGCCUCAGGCACUUCUUCGCGCUGUGUGCAGUCCAGUCCGAGGCACCAGAGGCAGAGAGCCCAAAUGUCGACGGGGAGGAAAUGAGGCUUAGCGUCAUAGCUGCUACGGCAAGGGGCGCCCCUACGCUGUCGGUGAAGGGAAUUCCGUGUCGAUCUGCACUGCUGGGCAUUGCAGUGCCGGCACUGGUUGCUCACGUCCGAUCCCUUUUCGCUCUUUAUUUGCAGGACGAGGAAGCGCGGCAAAGAGGAGCUCCCGUUGCCGACGCAGCCGCGCAGAAGGCUGUCGAGGUUCGCCAGGCUCUCACGCUUUUGCAGAAGCUUCAAGUCGACGAGGCUGCUGUUGCAGCAGCGACUUCCGGCAUCUCUCCAAAGGCUAGAUCAGCAUGCAGCUUGGCUGGUUCCCGAGGCUUGGUGAUGGCAUUGCUUCCGCAGCUGGCAUCCUUGGCUUCAGUUGGAGCACCUGAUGUGCGGCGGGCUGUGCGAGAGGUUCUUGAGGCUUUGGCAACUGAGCUCGAGCUAUAG